CUAGGUUCUUAAAAUGUCAAAAUGUGUCGUUGAGUUUGUGCUAAAUUAGUUAUUGUCCAUAUCUUUUUGAUAUAAAUAUAUAUUAUAAUAUUUCAAAAAUGUCUCCUCAAGCGGUUCACAGAGUCGGCUCCUUAAAACAAACUAACAAGUCUCACAAAACUGGCAGACACCGUUCCAAAGGUUCAAUAGAAGCAAUAAAAAAAGGUAAAGUAAACAAAGUAAAGAUAUCUAAAAAGAUCCAUGCAUUAACGCGCAUUGAGAGGAAAAACCAAGCGCAACAAAUUCGUAAGAACACCCAAGAUUCAGUUAAUAAUAAAAAAUCUAAAUUGGGAACGCUGAAGGGAGCUCCAUUUUUAGUCGCUAUAGUACCUUUGAAUUUGGAUAUAGACUCUAAAUCUGUCGUUUCCUCCUUAUGUUCAUGUGAUGAAGAAAAUAUUGUUACAUACUCAAAAUCCGGCGUUACACAUAUAAGCUCUAAAAGAUUUAAACAAAGAUUUUCAUUUGUAUGUCCUCCGAUUGGCCAUGGUCUUGAAUUUGGUGUCUUGGACACUCUUAAAGUAGUUGAUACUGUAAUGUUUAUUACAUCUGCAGAAGAUAAUCUUUGCAUUGAUGACUGGGGAUUGGGUAUAUUAUCAGUUGCAAAGGCUCAAGGUAUUCCCACAAGUAUAGUAUGUUGUUUGAAUAUUAACUCGUUGAAACCAAAAGAGAAAAAUGAAUUACGUCAACAAAUAAAUGAUUGCCUGAAUGUGUAUAUACCAAAUGAAAAAGUUAUAGAUUGUGGCAGUGUAUCUGAUAACCUUAACAUUUUAAGACGUAUUUGCACUCAGAAACAAAAAUCUAUUCUUUUCCGUGAUACCCGUCCUCAUCUUUAUGCAGAGAAUCUGGAAUUUAUUCCAAAUGCUGAUAAAACGGGUACUUUAAAAUUUACAGGUUUUUUGAGAGGAACACAAUUAAAUGUAAAUGACUUAGUACAUAUUCCAGGCAUUGGAGACUAUCAGAUGAAUAUGAUAGAAUCUACACCUGAUCCCCAUUAUUUUGAAAAGUUUACAAAUAGCGGUGAUUGUCGAAUAUCAGAAAGUUCAGUUUUAUGUGUAGCAAAUCCUUCCUUACAACAAUCAUUAGAAGUAGAAAAUAUUCCUGAUCCUAUGGAUGCCGAACAGACUUGGCCCACUGAAGCUGAAAUUGAUGAAGCUAAGCAAGCAUUGAAGGCCAAACGAUUGGUUAAAACAGUUCCUAAGGGUAUGAGUGAAUAUCAAGCUGCAUGGAUUCCAGAUAUUGAUGAAAUCAGUGUUAGCGAUGAGGAAGAAGAAAACUCUGAUGGUGAAAUGUCUGUUGAUGAUAAUGCAUCUCAAGUAGAUGAAAACAAUGAGUCAGAUUAUGAAUCUGAAGAAGAGAUUGAAAUUAAUACAGACAAAUAUGAUACAAAUUUCAAUGCACAAUCUGAGGAACAAGAUCUGAUGAAAUUGCGCGCUGCGAAUGAGGACCGGCAAUUUCCUGAUGAAAUAGAUACCCCUAUGGAUAUACCAGCUAGAGAACGUUUUAGAAGGUAUAGAGGUCUAGAGUCUUUCAGGACAUCACCAUGGGAUCCUAAAGAGAACUUACCUACAGAUUAUGCAAGAAUAUUUCAAUUUGAAAAUUAUGAUAGAAUGCGUAAAAAGAUUCUCAAAGUAAGAGAAGGAGAUGUCAGUCCUGUGCAACCUGGCAUGUAUAUAACAAUACACAUAAAUAAUGUGCCACAACAUAUGGCUAAAAAGAUUUUGGGAUAUGCUGUUCCUGUGGUUGCAAUAGGAAUGUUGCCACAUGAACAGAAAAUAUCAGUAAUGAAUGUAAAAUUAAAACAAACAUUAGAUCAUAAUGAACCCAUUAAAUCUAAAGAAAGAUUCUUAAUACAAUGUGGUUACAGAAGGUUUUUUGUUAAUCCUAUUUUUUCAGAGCACACAAAUGCAUCAAGACACAAAUUCCAAAGGUUUUUCCAACCUGAAGAUACAACAGUUGCUACUUUCUACGCCCCAAUACAAUAUAGUCCUGCUCCUGUUCUUUGUUAUAGAAUAAUGAGUGAUUUUUCUUUAAAAUUGGUAGCUACUGGAAGUUUGAUUUCCUGUAAUCCUGAUAGAAUUAUACUGAAAAGAAUUGUUUUAUCUGGACACCCAUUUAAAGUUAAUAAACGAUCAGCUGUUAUUAGAUUCAUGUUCUUCAACAGGGAAGAUAUUUUAUAUUUCAAACCGUGCAAGUUACGUACAAGGGCAGGAAAAUCAGGUCAUAUAAGGGAACCAUUAGGAACCCAUGGGCAUAUGAAAUGUGUAUUUGAUCAGCAGAUUCAAUCACAUGAUACUAUAUUUUUAAAUUUGUACAAAAGAGUAUUUCCAAAAUGGAAUUUUGAGCAUUGCACAAUAAACCACAUUAACACUGAUGUUCCAGAUGAAAUGAUGCAAGAUUAAUUAAAAUUGUUAUAAAGAAAAAUGAAACAGCCUUGUAGGUUUUUUAAUAAACCUAUCC